AUGGCAACAAGCAGAUAUACUAAGGUAGCUGCACUUAUAAUUCGUUGGACUGAAGAGCUAGAUUUACAGGCUGAGGGACACACUAACGAGAUUGAUAAACUUAUUAAAGCUUUCGAGCGAUUCAAGUUUGCUGACUUUCAUUGUAAAGUCGUCCGUCUGACGAAUAAGAGAAAGCCUCAAGGGCAGCUCGAGAGAGCCAUCUCCGAGCAUAUCGAUGACCAUGAUGGCUCUCGAAGCCUUCUGAUUGUCUACUACACUGGGCAUGGUAUGGGGUUGGCGGAAGAUAAACUGGGCCUUGCAGCGUUGGGGCUUAUGACGACAGCGACAGAGCUCCAUGAUCCAAUAGCUCGAUGGGAUGAUGCAGAGAGGCCUCUUAUUAAGACCGCCGAUGCUGAUGUGUUGACCAUACUCGAUUGCUGUUAUUCGUCAAACGCAGUAAAGGCAGUAACGAACGAUCCACGAGUGUACGAACUCUUAGCUGCAUGCCCUUUCAACGAGAAAACCUGGGGACCGUCACCAACAUCAUUAACAACAGCACUGACCACAGCUCUUAAUCACCUGCUUGAUAAACAUGGCCAAGAAGGUUUCGCUGUUCGUGCCUUGAUACAGCACAUUCUGAUGAUUCGAAUGAAGCCUGUAGCAAUGUAUUGGGAUCGCCUGGGCACAUAUCAACGCUCGAUCAUCUUGGCCCCAGGUCCCGAUUUUAGUAAACCAAUACACGAUAGCAAACUUGAACUCAAGGAUGUCACCGUAUCGGAAGGAAAAGGAUCUAGAGAUGCGGAAGGAGGUCAGAAGACGAAGACGAACGAACCCCAGGCUGAUGUACAGGGUUCGAGCGAGAGAUCUCGACAAGAUGAUGUGCAUGACAUGAAAGGGGAGGAUUUGCACGAAACUUCUCAAUUAAGCGAAGAACAUUUGAAUCCUGCUGCAUCAAAGAGUGAAGGUGGUCACUUAUACUCUGAAGCUCAUGAACAAGCACAUGAUGCCGAGGCAGACGAUUCACGACAUGAUAGAGAUCGAGGAGGGAUCGCGACCACUGAAACUAGAGAAACUAACACAUCAGGCAGCCUCGUUGCCAGUUUUGGCUCCCCAUUACCUGGUCUAGACGAUGGUGACCUUCAGAGGCGAAGCUGGUUUCAAGACAAAGUAGACACGGUGAUUGGAAAGGCUAAUGGAUAUCUACACGUUGCAGUCUUGAUGAUUCGCUGGCAUGAGAGUAUCGACGACUUCGCGGGACACACCGAAGAGGUUGACCGACUUCAGACAAUAUUCCGCGACCAAUUCAAUUACGAUUGUAGUGUAGUCGAAAUCACUACAUCACGUAAACCUCAAUUGCAAUUCAACCACGCAAUCUCCGAUUUCAUUGUCAACCACGACGGGCCGGACAACCUCUUGAUUAUCUAUUAUACAGGCCACGGGGUCUCGAAAGUCUCACAAGACGAGCCGGCGCAAUUGGUACUCUGCCCAAACCAGCAGUCUGGCAGGACGAGGGAAGGGGCUUUGGAGGUUCGUUGGGAUAUUGCAGAAGCUCUUCUUCUCGAUGAUGAUACUGAAAGCGAUGUCAUAACAAUUCUAGAUUGUUCUUUCGCGAGCACUGCCGCUAUGAAGGCAGAAAAGAAGUCGGCUAGGGCGUACCAGCUGAUUGCAGCUUCAGCCGUCCAGUCACCCGCUCGUGGACCAGGCCGACAAUCAUUCUCAACUUCUCUAGCCAACAGUCUGGAAGAGCUCCUCCAAGAAUCUAAGAGGGAGGGCUUCCCGCUCACAAAGCUGCUCGAAACGAUAAACAUGAAGAGUGAAAGGCACGAGUCGCCUGCUAUGCUCUGGGAUCGCCUUCACACCUUUGGGCAUUCUAUUUAUCUGGCGCCUAUACCCAAAGAGAGAAGGUCGAAGAAUGCUAUCACGUUACGAACUGGAGAGCCAGAGACUGGAGCACUGAUACUCCGUUUUUCCUUGAAGGAUACCACACAUGGCCUUACGCUCAAGCAGAUAGAGGCACUGGCCCGACAACUACCCAAGGCUUGCAUCGACGCCAAUGUACCACUCAGACGAAUCGAAUGGCUCAAAUAUAUAAGCCGUGAGGAUCUGCAUGCGGGAGGCUUUCGAGAAGCCGUAAGGACGACUAUGCUAGCCAGAGCAGUUUGCCGCAAGUGGAGAAGCCACGUAAAAGCUCGCCGACAGCAACGCGACAAGACCAGAGCGCAGACCGAGAACGCGCCAGAGCUGACUGAUAGCAAGAGAAAACGCUCCGAAACACUGCAAUCACCCCUUCCCCCAUCGAAGCAAGCCAGAUACGAAGUAGGAUUUGGAAGCCACCUAAGUACGCCGAGCGCAUCCGACUUAGAAGACGCGUCCGACUCAGAAGACGCGUAUGGAGAGUUCAUACCUGAUAGAAAGAACUAG